CAUUUUGAAACUUUCUGAAACUUCAUAGUUUUCCUGGAAAAGUAAAUGCGAUGAAUGGUACAUCACCAGCUCACUCUACGAUAUCAGGCUCGGCUGUUGUAGGAGGAGGAAGUAGUAGUGCCGCUGCCUUGGCAUUGGAAGAUUUCCCUCUCCCUUCCGACCCUAUCUCCAUCCAAGAUCGAAAGGACGAGGCCCUACUCGUUCUGAAAUCUGAUUUGAUGGCUGCCCUUAACAAGGAAGUUAAAUCCUUGGAUGAAGAUAACUGGAAGUUUGAUGGUCCUCGCUCUCGUAUUCACCUUUUAUCAAGACCAGGUGGAAGGUGUUUGAUGGUAGCACGGGGAAGGCCAAAAUGACUUCAUUUUAAAGUGGUCUUCUCCACAAGCGGGUGGAAAGUACAAAUCAUCGCAACUUCCCCUUCCCAAAAUGAUUGAAAGUCCUUCAAAUAAGCAGCAUCUUAGAUGUGUGGAGUAUCAUUAAGAGGUUCUGCUUCUUUGACCAUCAGAAAUUGAUCCUAGCUACUCAUCUGGUGGGUUAAUCUUAAGUAGCAUAUGGCUGUAGAUCGUUUUAAGGACUGAGACCUUUGGGUCUGUUGCUUUCAUACAAUUUCAUGAAAAGUCUCCUCCCUUUUCUUUUCUUUUCUUUUAAUUAUUUGGAAAAAGUGAGUAAAACUUAUCAAGAAGCAAAUUGGUCAAUGUCUAAUUUUCUGCUUCUCCU